UUCCAUAAAAGUUUCCAGAGGUGGAAAAGGCUUGUCUUUAGUAGGAUUUUGAUCAUAGGUACAUCUUCACUUUCACUGGAAUAGAGGACUGGCUUCCUCAGUUGUUGUAGUACCAGACCUGAAACUGCAGCAUCAUGGAAACCGAGUAUUCUAAAAGGGCCUAUCAAGGGGUUAGGGUCAAGCACACAGUGAAAGAUUUACUGGCAGAAAAACGACAAAGACAAACAAAUGGACCAAGAUAUAGUGGAGGAACAUCCAGUCAAUCGUCAUUUGUCCAAAUGCCAGGGUCUCACAUGAUCCCUGGCUACUACAGCAUGAGGCGACCCUUCAUCUCUGACUCGGACUUCUCCCCCAAGCAGUUUUCAGCCGAUGUCUACUCCUCAUCCCUUGGGGGCAAGCCUCUGGGUUGUGAUUCAUCAGCCAUGUCGGGAUACUCCUCCUUCAUAGACAGCUACUACCAGGAAACGUUCGGAGACUACCGCAGUGCAGCCUUCUCCACCGGAGGGAGCUCCAUCUUCCCCAGCUCCGCCCUGUCCAGUCUGCUACCACCUUUCUCCGGAGAGUCCCCUCACUUCCUCCUGAGAGAUUCAUGGGAGCAGUCAGUGGCAGACCCAGUGACCCAGGGAGAGGGCUUGUGUGCAGACAGCCUGAACUCUGUUCCAGUCUCUCUGCCCAGCCCCGACCCUCCUGGGAGCCCCUCACAGUACCGCUGCUCCACCCGCAGCUCCUCCAUGACCUCGGCACAGCCCUAUGCCCUUCACCCUCUGGAAGAAGUACACUAUCACACUUCUUACCCUGCUGUCUCCACUUUCACAUGUCCUUCCUAUAUGACUGUCUCCAACGACCUAGCCUCCAAGAUGGCCCCUCUAGCUAAUGAGGACUCUGACAGUACCCUCGCCACACAUAGUGACACUCACACGUGGGUGAAAGAAGAUGUCGGAAGCUCUUGGUCACCAUAUGAGAUUCGGAGGACUUAUUGAGUCACUUUGGAAACAUCCUGUCCUUCACAGAAAACCAAAACAAUGCUGAUGCAAGCGACUCAGCUCCUUUUGAUCCAAAUAUUUGACUUUGUAGACUUUGCUUAUCACUUUAUAGAAGUACAAAGUGAAACUUGUACUUAUUUGACCCUCCUAAGUCCCCUGGUGACAUACAGUAAUAGCCGGGCGCACACUGGUUUUAUCAAUGUUAUUUACACGGCAUUUCAAUGAAAUUACCUUGAGCUAACAUGGAAUAGACAUUGAAUUGACAUUUAUGAUUCAGUGGUUAGACCUAAAAUGACUUUGCCUGUGUUCAAAUGUUUGAAAUAGAUGUGUGUCUAUACCGUCAUUAUAUUAGAAAAACAUCAUUUUUAUUUAUAUACUGCCAUAUAUACGACAAUUACGAUGAACAUGUGACAACGAUCUUUAUUUUUGCUAAAGGUUGUUUUACUUUAACGUUCUUUUUUUUAAUAUCAUCUUGUUGUCUGAAUUAAUAACAAAAUCAGAGUUUGUCAAACUGUAUCUGCUUCAUGUUAGCCUUUACUCAACGACGCUUUGGUAAUGAAUAUGUGCGUUUUUUAAAAUCUUUCGUAUCUUUUAGGAUUUUGUUGCAAAACAUUCGUUAGUAGUAAUAGGCAGAGGUGACAACUAAAUGAAAAGACCGAGGUAAAGACAGUUUCAAGUUCGAUAUUCGACGGAUAUUCGCGCUUUCAAACCACUUGAGCCACAGACUCCAAAUACGUGUCAUGAUGUUGGAAAAAUUGCGCACAACAUUGCACAGGUCUUAUUUUCACGAUCUAGACAUUAAUUUGCUUUCCAAAGCUAAUAAACACGUGGAAAUGUGAACAGCGUCUUGUAUUCCUAGUUGAAUUAGUUAGGGAGCGUGAACAAAGUACAAACUUUUUUUACAUUCAAAUUUCAAUAGCUCCUUGGUCAUGUGACAUACUUAU